CGUAACACCAGACCCCCUUGGUCCGAGUUUCAUAAAUCAAAGCCGGGUUCUCGGGCCUUGGUAGUUAUCUCUUUGGGCCCAAAUCAAGAAAAAAAAUGUUUUUUUAUGAAAAGCAUCGACGUUAAUGGCCCAGCGACACCCUCUGCGUGUGUAUGUGUCUCUGUAAAUUCAAUCGAUGCUGUCUCACUCUGUGCAACUCCACCGUGUUCCCAUGUCUAGUCUUUAUUGUUCUUCUUCUUUUGCAAAUUGCGGGAGUAACAAUCCACGUUUGGCCCCACUGACCCGAAUUUCAUGUGGUUCGAGCUCGACCCGUUCGAAGGCAAAGAGAACGCGCGACAAAUCGGAAGCUCAAGAGCUGGUUCUUUUACUCACGCGCAAGAUAAGUGACAAAGAGCCUUUGUUGAAGACACUGAACAAGUAUGUGAAGCUGGUCAGAACCGAGCAUUGCUUUUUGCUCUUUGAAGAGCUUGGCAAAUAUGAUAAAUGGUUACAAUGCAUUGAGGUUUUCAGAUGGAUGCAGAAACAACGAUGGUAUAUUGCUGAUAAUGGAAUUUACUCAAAACUCAUAUCGGUUAUGGGGAAGAAAGGCCAAACCAGAAUGGCUAUGUGGCUUUUCUCGGAGAUGCGAAAUGCUGGCUGUCGCCCGGAUACUUCUGUGUAUAAUGCACUCAUUACAGCUCACCUUCAUUCAAGGGAUAAAGCAAAGGUUUUGGCCAAAGCUCUUGGCUACUUUGAGAAGAUGAAAGGAAUGGAGCGGUGUAAGCCCAACAUUGUUACAUACAAUAUUCUUUUGAGAGCUUUUGCGCAAGCUCGGAAAGUGGAUCAGGUGAAUUCUUUGUUUAAGGAUCUUGUCGAGAGCAUUGUUUCGCCGGACAUUUACACGUUUAAUGGUGUGAUGGAUGCGUACGGAAAAAAUGGGAUGAUCCGCGAAAUGGAAUCAGUGCUUGCUCGAAUGAAAAGCAAUCAGUGUAAGCCUGACUUGAUUACCUUUAAUUUGCUGAUUGAUUCAUAUGGGAAGAAGCAGGAAUUCGAUAAGAUGGAGCAAGUGUUUAAGAGCUUAUUACGCUCCAAGGAGAAACCAACACUUCCUACAUUUAAUUCAAUGAUUUUGAACUAUGGGAAGGCACGGCUUAAGGAUAAAGCAGAAAAUGUUUUCAAAAAGAUGACUGACAUGGGUUACAGACCGAGCUUUAUCACACAUGAGAGUCUCAUCUAUAUGUAUGGCUUCUGUGAUUGUGUUUCCAGGGCAAUAGAAUUGUUUGAUGGGCUGGUUGAGUCAAAAGUUCAGAUAAAAGUUUCAACCCUAAAUGCUAUGCUUGAUGUUUACUGCUUAAAUGGUUUACCACAGGAAGCAAAUUCACUAUUUGAGAGGGCAAGGAGUAUACAAAUAUUUCCUGAUUCAUCAACAUAUAAACUUCUUUAUAAGGCUUACACUAAAGCCAACUCAAAGGAGCUUCUAGAUAAGUUGCUGAAGCAUAUGGAUAAAGAUGGUAUUAUCCCUAAUAAGAGGUUCUUCUUGGAUGCUCUGGGUGCUUUUGGAUCUUUACCAGCAAAUUCAGGAUCUGCUGAUGCGGCAACAGAUUCAAACAACCCCCGAGAUUUUGCAAAAGCUCAGCUAGAAACAUAGUUGGCAAUUCACAUCAAGAAUUUAACUCAUCUGUGACUUGCAUACAAGCAGCACAGUUCACUUGUGAGGUGGUAUGUUAAAUCACUUUGCCACCACUUCUCCAUCAUUCCAUUUUUCAUCAUAUUGAUUCUUCUGAGGAACAAAUUUUCACUUGGUCUUCAUAUGACAUCAUUUUUUUUAACUUUUCUCAAAUAAAUAGUAUAAUAAUGCCGUUUCCUUGAAAUUAAAUUAUUCAUCUUAUAAGAUGCAACUCCUCUGUUCAUGUAUUAACCUUCGGGCCCGCAGACUUGCUGUUGGCUUUUGCAUGAUAAGCCCUGAAGAAUCAUGCUUAGUUACCCUAAACCCUAAACCUAUUAAUUUAAGCAAGUACAUUUAAUAAAUUAGGAAGUCACAACAAUGAAUCUUGAGGAAAAUUAAGGCAUUUCAGAAUACUUGGUAAAAUUAACUUCUGGUGCUGAAAUUUAAUAUUCUUAGUACAAAAAAAGAAAAGAAUAAGUAAUGAUAUGUGCUUAUUUGCCAUGGUGGUAAACAAUGUUUCAUUUCUAGUCUAUUGCCCUGUUAUGUUUGGUAAACUAUAAUAUGUAUAAAAUUGUCUAUUGUGUAUCAAACGAAUAUUGUUUUAAGAAAUAGAGCCUAAGUGAGGAAAUUUUGGGCCUUGCAUGUCCUUCCUUUAGUCACUUGCGACAAUUACCUUCAUUCCCGUUUGUGGUGAAUUUGAUUGGCUUGCUGCUAUAUCUCCCACGCUCACAAUUCUCUA